AUGACCCUGAGUCUGAAGCGACCUUGUGACGAAGACGGACCAAGCGGUCGUGCUGAGGGAACUCGACCUUUCAAGCGCGUGUGUGCCGAGGAAUGCCCAUCGCUACUUACCCCAGUCGCAAGCGAGGAGGAUUCUACGGACUCUCCUGUAACCUCCUGCUCGAGGUCGAAGCCUGCGCCAGAGCUAGUGUGCGGAGUGGAGAUGAAAACCCACCCACCCCGCCACCCCUCUCUGUACUUCGACGAUGGGGACAUCACCCUCCGUGCUGAAUCAUUCAUAUUCAGAGUACACAAGAACAAGCUAAUGAAAGGAUGUCGUUUUUUCGAAGACAUGCUCGGCUUAAAGUGCUCUGACGCGACGGAGAAGACGGAAGACAGCCUAUCCAUCGAUGUUGGCGUCAUCGAGAGUUCAUGGGACAUGACCGUCUGGCUGGCGGAGAUAUAUAGCGAUAAGUUAGUCUUCAUUGGGUUCAUUUUGCGCAUAACGGUUAACCUGACCCUGCUACUGCGCAGUGGGUAUUUCAAGGAGCUCGUCGAGGGUAAUGGCCUUAAAGUUGCGGCAUCUCUCUUUCACCUGGCGGAUAAAUGGGAUCUGCCGGAAUACUUUUUUCAAGCGAAAGAUAUCCUGGUGAACAUCUUCCCGGAUAAUUACGACGAAUGGGUUACCAGGUCUCCGCGCAUUACGACAGCCAUGGCGUUCCGGGCUAUCCCUAUCUGCAAACAGUACUGCCCACACGGCCUCCCUGCAGCAUACUACACGGCUUCCCUCGUACAUCUGGAAGUGAUCAUCAGCGGCACUCGGGAUGAAGAAGGGACCCUUCUGACGCUCAGUCUUGAAGACCAGGUCGCAGUUCUCCGAGGGAAGCUGCAGCACUGUCUCGUGCGGCGCGAGCACACGUAUCAUGGCUUGCGGGGCGAUUUUACGGCGUUGUUUAAUAGGCCCCACCAAGGAAAGGGUGGGCUCCCCUGCCGUGCUCGUCUCAGCAGAAUGUACUACCAUCUGGAUACGAUCUUCCAUUACCACCAAGGCUGCCUAGAUCCAUUGCCGGAGUCCGCUGUUCAAAGACUCUUCGCUAGUGUGUGUUCGACUUGCGCGAACAUGAUCAAAGACGAAUUGUGGAUCGGCACGAGGAGCGCUUGGGACUGCGUCCCUGACAUGUUCGGGUUGCAGUCUUGGUUGCAUGUGCGCAUGGACCAGCGAGAGAUCGAUAAAUUGUAUGGGGAUUCAGAGGAGGAUCCCUGUUGA